CUCAAGUCCAUCCAGCAGAGUGUGCUGCUGCAGGAGGACCGUCUGGACGCGCUGUCGCUGCUCGGCCUGACAUCCCUGCCCAGCUUCGUGCUGCUGUUCGGGGCGGCCGUGGCGCUGGAGCUGGGCCCCUCGUGGCAGGGCAUCCUUCGCCCCGACGCCGCGCUCUGGGGCUGCGUCCUGCUCAGCUGCCUGGGCUCCGUCCUCUACAACCUGGCCACCUCCUGCCUCCUGUCCCUCACCUCGGCCCUCACGCUGCACCUCCUGGGCAGCCUCACCGUGGUGGGCAACUUGCUGCUGUCGUGGCUGCUGUUCGGCACACAGCUGGGCGCGCUGGGCUACGCCGGCGUGGCGCUGACGCUGGCCGGGAUGGUGCUGUACCACCAGCCCCGGCUCCUGGCCGCCUGCUGGGGCCUGCGUGGGCACCCUCGGCACGAGUAGGGACCCGCGGGGGGCUGGGGGCCAGGAGGGCUCUGGGGAAUGCUGUGCACGUGUGUGCUGGUGUGUGUGAGCUGCACACACUGCUCCUGUGUGUGUGAGCCUGCACACGCUGUGUCUGUGUGUGUGUGUGUGUGUGUGUGAGCUGCACAUGCUGCUCCUGUGUGUGUGUGAGCCUGCACACUCUGUGUCUGUGCCGGUGUGUGUGACUGUGCCGGUGUGCAGGGCUCCGUGCACACACAGGUGCUGAGGUGCACACCUGUGUCGGUGUGCAUGGCUGUGUGCACGUGUGUUUUCUGUUGUGCCCUGAUGUGAGUGUGCACAUCCUGCUUUGCGCAGUGUCCAUGUGUGCUGGUGUGCACAGCCCUGUGCACGUGGACGUGCUGGUGUGCAUGUGUUGUGUGCACUGCUGUGUGUACAUGUGUCGAAUUGCACACUUGGAUGUGAGUGGGUCUGAGCACAGCUCUGUGCUUGUGGGUGUGCACAGGCUCUGCAGGUGUGAGCAGGGCUCUGUGUGGGACGUGUGUGUUGAUGUGUGUGACGCUGCACACAUUGGUGUGCACAGGCUCUAUGUUCAAGCAGGUCUCGUGCUUGUAGGCACGUGUGUAUCGCUACAGACUGUCCACAGUUGAGUGUCUGUGUGACACACGUGCUGCUGUGCACAGCUCCGUGAGUGUGUGCAGGUGUGUGCUGCUGGCAGGUACCGCUGUGCACAGGGGCUCUGUGCAGGUGAGCAGGUUCCUGUGUGUGUGCACAGGGCACACCCAGUGACUGGCUCUGGAUGCACAGCUGUGCGUGCCCAGCUCCUCUGUGCAUCCAGCUGCUGUCUCACCUGGGCAAACAGCCGUGUGUGUGUGUGUGUGUGUGUGUGUGCGUGUGUCACUACUGAGCUCUGCUGGCUGGAGUGGCCCCUGGCUCUCUGUGUACACUCGGUUCUUGUGGCUGAACCGAACGCCCAGGACAGGGCAGGCGCGUGUCCCCUCCUGUCCCAUCCCCACCGUGUUGUGACAAUCCCACGGGGCUGCCGGUGCUGCUGCCAGUGUUGUCUUUUUCCCCAGCACGCCCCUCAGCCCCCACAGCUGUCCCCAUCCCUCCCAGCUCGCUGCAGACUGGCAUCCGUGGCAGAGAUGGUGAGAGCCCAGCCGAGGGGACGGGAGCAGCCUGGACCAGCUGCUAUCACUCCAGGACAGUGCUGGGCUGUGACACAGAACAUGCUGACGGUGGCAAAGGGACAGCCCAGUGUGUGUGUGCCUGGCACCGCUGCUGGGCUCUGUGGUGGCCGUUGUCACACUUGUAUCUCCACGCCGGGGCCCAAGGACCCAGCUCCGAUUGCACUUGUCCCAAAAUAAAGCUCUAUUUUUGUUGUACUCCA